GCAAGAAACACAAGCUUCACUUUGCAAUUCUCUCUACGUUCCUUGGCCAUGGCACUCAAAGACACCACAGCAACUCCACAUGCCACUGUUAAUGUGGAAUUACCACUGAAGUCGUCAGCACCACCACCGCUGGAGUACAAGUUGGCGACAGGUGCAGCUGGUGUCAAGGGCCAUGACCAUGGGGUGUUUGAAGCGACUUUGAGGGUAUUGCUGUGUGUAACCAGCUUGGCCGGUGUCAUUGUUAUGGUCACUUCUAAACAAACCAAGAUGAUACCCAUUUCGCCCACCAUGGCUGUACCCAUUGAUGCAAAAUUCAAUCACUCCGAAUCGUACAUAUACUAUGUAGCAGCUGUCUCCGUGGCUUGCUUGUACGGCAUCAUCACCGGUGCCUCUUCGGUUUUAGCUUUGAAGAAGACAGGAGGAAGCUCCGGAAAGCUGCAUUUCCAAACCGUGAUACUAGAUUCUCUUAUGCUCGGCAUUGUAGCUUCGGCAACAGGAGCAACAACAGGAGUAGCAUAUAUAGGACUCAGAGGGAAUUCUCAUUCGAGAUGGCACGAGAUUUGCAAUGCCUAUGGUUCCUAUUGUCAUCACUUAGGAAUCUCUAUCGUUUUGUCACUCAUGUCCUCCAUAGAACUUCUACUACUCGUUUGGCUCGCCUUUUACAUACUUUUCAAGAAAAUCCGUGGAUCACCAAAAUAUUAAUUUCCUUGUAACAGUUUGAUGUUAUUCGCCUUUUGCUAUUUUUUUUAUAUGUGCAUUUGUGUUCUUCUUCGUGCCGGUUUGAGUCUGUAAACUUUAUGAUAGUAAAGAUUGCACAUGACAUGAUCAUGUUUAUUGAAAUGAAA